AUGGCCUCUCCGUGGUUCUCCGGCCCUCUUCCAUCGCUGGCGAUUUUUGGUCCCCAGAGCAAGACACCAUCUGAUAGAUACCUCUCGGAGCUGCGCUCCUACAUUCGGAGCAAGGCGGUCCUGGUCCCGUUGGUACAAGCCAUCAAAGACUUGCCUCGAGUUUGGGCAGCGUUCCGGCCGCUUCAUCCAGGCUUUGCGACGUUGGAAGAUGGCCCCAGAUGCCUCCAGAACUUGUCCAACUGGAUUUCUUCGGAUGAGGAGGGCAUCGGUGCCCUCGACGGGGUGCCGUCGGGGAUGCUGGCGCUCCCUCUCUUGUUAGUCAUCCAUCUGGCCCAGUACUUUCAGUUUCUGGACCAGACGAACCGCACCCAUCAUGAGAUGAUCAACCAUUUCCACAGCGGAGGCGGAAUUCAAGGGUACUGUGGGGGGAUGCUGGCGGCCGUUUCCGUGGCCUGCGCCCAUGACGAGGAAGAAAUUGUCGCCCAUGCGUGCAAAAUUAUCCGAAUCGCUGUGGGCAUUGGAGCGGCGGGGGAUGUGGGAGAUGACAACCCGUCGAAAAUGUCGACCAUCAUGGUGGUCCGUCUGAAACGUGCAGGCCAAGCGGAAGAGAUCGUUAAGUCUUUUCCAGGAUUAGUGGAAGAGCUAUCCAAGUUUUGUGACGCGGAUGAGCAAUUGCGCAUUCCCCACGCGGCCUGUGCCCUGGUUCCCUUCAGGUCCAACCGGACGACGAAGAUUAGCACGGAAGGCUCCUUCUCGCUCGAGAUUGCACGGACAAUCCUCGUCGACAAGUGCGAGUGGUAUCAGCUGUUGUCCGAAGUGGCCAUGGAUCUGAGCCGCACCGGCCGAACGACACAUUUCCUGGCAGCGUUCGGAAUCGGAGACUGCGUAUCCCUCAAGCCUUUCCGGGAUGCUGGGGUCCAGAUCUCGAAGAUGGACAUGUUCACCCUCUUGGGCAUGUCUCCUACCCGAGCCCCGGAACUGGAACCGAGCCCUGGCAUCCCAACGGACCAGUCUUCCCGUGCGAUCGCGGUGGUCGGCCUAGCCGGUCGAUUUCCAGGCGUCAAUAGUGUGGAAGAGCUGUGGGAGAUCAUAUCCUCGGGAAAGUCCAUGGUCCAAGAAGUGCCCACAGAGCGCAUUAACUUCCAGGACUCCUUUCGCGUCCAGUCAGACUGCAAAUGGGCCAGCAAGCAGAAAUUCUAUGGGAACUUCAUCACCGACCAUGACUGUUUUGAUUAUUCAUUCUUUCGAGUCAGCAGCAAAGAGGCCACUUAUAUGGAUCCGCAGCAAUGCCUCCUGCUCGAGACUGCUUACCAGGCGAUGGAAUCGAGUGGAUAUAUCUGCUCCACCCAGCGCCGAGACGCUGGUGACCGUGUGGGAGUCUUCCUCGGCGCCAGUUUUAUUGACUAUCUGGAGCAUACGUCUGCUCACGCACCGAACGCGUACACCGCGACGGGAACGAUCACGGCCUUCUUGAGUGGCAAGGUCAGCCAUUAUUUCGGAUGGACGGGGCCAUCCGAAGUCAUCGAUACUGCCUGCUCCUCAUCUCUAGUAGCGAUAUCUCGCGCCUGCCGAGCGUUGCAACGCGGAGAAUGUACGACUGCCUUAGCUGGAGGCGUCAACUUCCUAGGGACUGCAACACAUUUUCUCGACCUAGGCAGGGCAGGUUUCCUCAGUCAGACAGGCCAAUGCAAGCCAUUUGAUGCGGCAGCGGACGGUUACUGCCGGAGCGAGGGGGUCGGCUUGCUGGUUCUCAAGCCGUUGGUGGAGGCCAUGGCCAACCACGAUAAGAUUUUCGCAGUCAUUCCGGGCAUCGCCACAAACCAAGGCAGUGACCCCAAGUCCAUCACUGUUCCGCACACUGCCUCGCAGUUGCAGCUGUACAAAGACAUUUUGCAAGAGGCCAACAUGAGUCCCUCGCUCGUCACGUACGUGGAAACCCACGGAACGGGCACCCAGGUCGGAGAUCCCGUCGAGAUCGAAGGCAUUAGGCGGGGAUUCGCCAGUCCGACAAGAGAACAUGCACUGUAUGUGGGAUCAAUCAAGGCCAACAUCGGCCACUGUGAGAGUGCGGCGGGUGUGGCAGGGGUGAUCAAAGCCAUUCUCAUGAUCAACAAAGGCCUCAUCCCGCCAAUGGCCAAUUUCCAACGCCUUAAUCCGAAGAUUCCGUCGAUUGAACCUGCUAAGAUGGUCAUCCCGACCGCAACUCAACCAUGGAGGGCGCCAUUCCGGGCAAUUUGUGUGAACAGCUAUGGCGCGGCGGGAAGCAACGCAGCCUUGCUGCUCUGCCAAAGUCCCCAGCAGGACAAACCGGAUGCAGCUCCUUACCCGAGGUUGCCUUCCCCUUAUCCCAUAAUAUUGACGGCGGCGUCGAGAAAUAGUCUCUCGGCGAAUGCGAGAAGCUUGAAGAAGUAUCUCGCAGGAUCUGCACCAAAAAUUGGCGAUGUGGCACUAACCCUUUUUCAGUGUCGAAAGCCGCAGCGAUUUGCUUGGACGUGCACCGCUGAGGAUAUCUCGACACUGUCGGGGAGCCUCGAUGCUUUGGAAAAAGUCACUGAAGUCCCACAGACUCCCAAAAAGCUGGUGUUGGCCUUCAGUGGACAAGCCAAGCAAGCAGUUGGGCUCCACAAAGGGCUGUAUGAAUCUUGCCCUCUUCUACAACAGCAUCUCGACCGAUGUGAUCAUUAUCUCGUGAGGAGCGGGUCGCCCUCCCUUUAUCCGUGGAUUUUCCAAACUAAGCCCCAUUUUGAUGUGGUCCUGUUGCAAUGCUCAUUAUUCGCCUUGCAAUAUGCUUGUGCCACGGCAUGGAUUGAGUCCGGGUUGAAGGUUGACGCUGUCGUCGGCCACAGUUUCGGGGAGUUGACUGCGAUGGCAGUUGCAGGUGUGAUGUCCCUGGAAGAUGCCAUGGAUCUCGUCAGGACCCGAGCGCAGUUGAUUCAGUCGAAGUGGGGCCCUGAGCAAGGGACUAUGGUUGUCAUCCACGGUACAGAGCCAGUGAUUCACGACAUCAUCGCUCGUUUGCCUGACGGCUCGGGAGAAGUCGAGAUUGCAUGCUACAAUGCGCCGACAAGCCAUGUUAUCGUUGGCUCAGCUGACGCGAUUGCCGCCAUCGAGAAUAUUCUGCUCCAGGAACCUUCCUUUAGAGGCAUAGCGUCUUCCAAGGUAGACACCACGCACGGCUUCCAUUCCCGAUUCUCAGAGUCAUUGCUCGGGGACCUCGACGAGGCCGCCGAGCGAUGUCACUUUUCCUCCCCGCAGAUUCCCGUGGAGAGUAGUACGCGCGACCCAGUAAGCCAUAUUUCGUUCCAGCGAAUCUCUCAGCACAUGCGGCGGCCGGUCUUUUUCUAUCACGCGGUGCACCGGCUGGAGCAGCAUCUCGGCUCAUGCAUCUGGCUCGAAGCUGGCGUUGAUUCGCCAAUCAUUCCCAUGAUAAAAAAGGCUGUUUCAGCUCCUCAAGAGCACGUUUUCAUACCCAUUAAGCUUGGCACUAGACAGAAUCCGAUGGAUGCAGUUAGCGAGGCUACUGCGCAGUUAUGGCGUGAGGGCGUUCCCGUCUCUUUCUUUAACUUCAAGACUGCUGGAGUCAAACCGAUAUGGCUUCCCCCUUACUCAUUCGAGCGUACGAAAGCCUGGCUUGCCUAUGUGGACCCGAUCCAGGAUGCGCUCCGCACUCGCACUCUCAAAGCACCAGAGCCUCGAACAGAAUCGAAGGGAGUCUCGUUGAAAUUGGUCAGUCCUUACACAGACGCGCAGCAAGAUCCUCACACUUUGUGCUUUGGCGUUGGUACGCUGACCGAACGGUUUCGGUCCAUUGUCACAGGCCACAAUGUGAUCGGCCAUCCACUGUGCCCAGCUGCCCUAUAUAUUGAAUUCGUUAUAAUGGCUGCGACGUCUGUACUAGAUAGCGGUGAUAGGCCUGGGUUUUCAUUAUGGAACUUCCGCAUCGACGCCCCACUUGGGAUCGACACGCGCAGGGCUGUCCAUUUGACUAUCCGAGGAAAACACAGUCCUGAUUGGACGUUUACCGUGGAGAGUUCGGCAAUUGGAAAUCUCAAGUCCAAAUCGACUGUCCAUGCGAAGGCCAGUUUCAGGCUCUUUGCCGCCCUCGAUGACCACCAGGCGAGACAGUUCCAGUAUCAACAGAGAGUUCUUAAAGCGCGCUUGAGCAACUUCGUGGCCAUCGCACCGCCGACAGAGACCUUCAGAACUCACCGGGCUUAUAAAUUGUUCUCCCGUGUGGUAAACUAUUCCUCAAUUCUGCAGGGCAUCUCCGUGGUCGUGAUGGCUGGAACUGAGGUCAUGGCAGAAUUAGCUCUACCGGCCGCUUCUGACACGGAAGAAAGUACUGCAGUUAGUGCCUGUGAUACCAUAGCUCUGGAUAACUACGUUCAGGUCCUGGGCCUACUGGUCAACACGAGUGAUCUCUGCGCAGAUGACGAGGCCUAUCUCGCCACCGGUGCAGAUUCCAUCGUCGUUCACCCUGGCUGUGAUUUUAAAGCCAUGCGAAAGGGGCGCGUAUAUGCCUCCUUCUGUGCCGUGGGCGAUGCCAAGGCAACAGGAGAUAUUUUUGUCCUUGGCAACGACGAGGCCUUAGUUGUGACAAUCACUGGCAUGCACUUCUCUAAACUGCCACUCAGCACGCUUCAUAAAAUUCUAGGUCCAGUUACUCAGGACGACACAAUUUCCCGGAGCAGACUGAAUCAGCAAUUCAGUGCCUGCCCGGCUAUCCACCUCCCAACCCCUUCCACAACGGCACCCAAAGUCCUCAAUGAAGGUCCGUCCACUUCCUCUACACAGAAUGGAAUUGAUGAGGCGAGCAUUGUAGCUCUCAAGAAAGUUAUGGCUGAAUUUAUCGGACUGAGCCCUGGGGAGAUUUCAAUCAAUGCUGCGAUAGCCGACUUGGGUGUUGAUUCAUUGGCAGCCAUUGAACUGGUGGAUGAGCUGCGGUCGCGAUUUCAUGUUGAAAUUGGCAGUAACGAGGUUCUUGCGACCAAUAUUGAGGGAAUUGUUCGUUUGUUGCCCAAAAUGCAGAGUUGGACGCCUGAUCUUGAUAAGACACUGUCUGGAACGAAUCCUUCCAGGAGUGCUUCUACGGGAAUUGUAUCUUCCUUCCUCUCUCCGGCUUUCAACCAAACUUCUAUCAACUCUGGGCGGCAAGAGAAUAUCCUCACCUUGAUUGCUGAGUACGCUGCGAUCGAUGUCCAGUCAAUCACACCAGACGCAACGUUUGAGGCACUCGGUGUUGAUUCGCUUUCCUUGAUUGAGCUCAUAUCUUCAGUCCAGGAAGCAUUCGGAGUAGAGCUGGAUUUUGACCUAUCUACCACCGUUACUGCUUUGGUCUCUCUUCUAAACCAGACAUCCGAUCGCAAUAUGUUGCAGCCGAUGCGUCCACCAUUAGCUGAUGCGACACAGGUCCCAUCAAAUCCCAAUUUUGAAACCUCCGCGUUGAAGGAUGCUGUGUUCAAGGUGCUCGCCGAAUAUGCCGCAGUCGAUAUGUCUUCGAUCGUGAAAACUGCGAGUUUGGAUGCUAUUGGAUUCGAUUCUCUAUCAUUAAUUGAAUUGAAGUCCGCUUUGGAAAUUUACGGAAGUGAGCUCGAGCUGGACCUGAGCACCACCGUGGAGACUUUGCUUUCCACAGUGGGUGCGGCGUCGAACGCUGUCUACGAGCCCCUGACCCCAUCCAGCAGCCCGCCAAAUCGUUCACCCACCUCAUUGGAACCACCAGCCAUCUCCUUCUCUCAAAAGGACGAGUGCUUAGGAAAUACAGGCCUCGAUAAUAACAGCAGUCCCAGCCGCGACCCUCUUGAGGCUCUCAAUGACUGUCAGAGUCUAUUUACUGCGGCUGCUGACCGCCAUGGGUUGACUGGUUAUUGGGAAACAGUUGUGCUCCAACAGGACGAAUUGACCGUCGCCUAUAUUACUGAAGCGUUUGAGCAACUGGGUAUACGUCUCCGCGACCUCCGAGAGGGUGAGACCGUCCCGGAGCUCGAUUGCUCGCCAAAGCACAGCCGGCUCGUAUCACGUCUGUGGGAUAUCCUCACAGAAUACGGAAUCGUCAAAAGGCGAGGAUCCCAGAUCACCCGGUCGACAAAGCCUCUCCCGAGCUUGCUUCCUGAGGCCUUGUUAGAUCGGUUGACUACCUCCCAUCCUAAGUACACCACAGACGCUCAGUUGAUAUCUGUGACUGCGCCUCAUUUGGCUCGAUGUUUGACGGAGCAAGAGGAUGCUGUUCGGUUGCUGUUCGGAACUCCAACCGGAAAAGAUGUGCUCAACAAGUUCUACAGUGAUUCACCGCUCUUCAAACCAUCCACCAAUCUCCUCCUCGAUCUGAUGGACCGAGUCAUACCGCGAGGCAAUCUUCAAGCGCCAUUCCGGAUUCUUGAAGUCGGUGCUGGUACGGGGGGUACUACGAAACAACUGUGCGAGUUACUCCAAUCUCGAAACAAAGCCGUUCAAUACACAUUCACAGAUAUCUCGCCCACGCUUGUUAAUGUGGCAAAGAGGAAAUUUUCGCAGCAGUAUCCUUGGAUGGACUUCUGUACCCUGGACCUGGAAAAAGACCCCCAGCCACCCUGCAAGCGAAACGGCUUCGUGGUGCUGCUGGAACUGACACGCAACAUCAACUGGUUCGAUCUCGUCUUUGGGUUGCUAUCUGGCUGGUGGUCAGCAAAAGACGGGAGAAACUAUCCCCUGCAACCACCUCAUGCAUGGGUUAGCUAUCUUCAGGAAGCCGGGUUCGGCUCCUGCGGAUGGACCACAGGUUCGACAAAGGAGUCGACUACGCAACAGAUCAUCAUCGGUUCGACUAGGCUUCACAAGAUCGGAACCAAGAAUGAAACCCAGCGUUACGAGCUACGGACAGUGCCAUAUAAAGUGGUCGACGAUCUACCAAUUGAAGCCGACAUCUACUAUCCUCCGCCUCAAGAUCGAUCCAGGAACAAACCGAUGCCGAUCGCACUGAUGCUUCAUGGCGGUGGUUAUAUGACUCUCUCCCGGCGAGCCAUCCGCCCUCACCAAACUCAGUAUCUUCUUACAAACAACCUCCUACCCAUCUCCCUUGACUAUCGCUUGUGUCCUGAGGUUGACGUGCACUCUGGACCUAUCACCGAUAUUUGCGAUGCCUUGGUUUGGGCCCGGACUACUUUGCCUGGGAUCGCCAAAGAGCAAGGAGUUCUGGUGGACGUGGACAAGUUGGUCGUAGUGGGUUGGAGCACUGGUGGCCACUUAGCGAUAACAACGGGUUGGACCUGCUUCGAGAAAGGCGUCAAACCUCCGACCGCGAUUCUGAGCUUUUACGCCCCAACUGACUUUGAGCAUGAGUGUGCGUUUUCUCGGAACGGUACCCUUUGGUUCCUUCGCUGGGAUUGCUGA